UAGAGGCUGCCUCCGGCAAACGUCACAGUUCCUCGCGCUUGAGCAGCUUAACACAGCGCCUUCAAACAUGUCCCAUACCAUCUUACUGGUUCAACCCACCAAGAGGCCAGAAGGAAGAACAUAUGCUGAUUAUGAAUCAGUUAACGAGUGCAUGGAAGGAGUGUGUAAAAUGUAUGAGGAACACCUGAAGAGGAUGAAUCCCAACAGUCCAUCAAUCACGUAUGACAUUAGUCAGCUGUUUGACUUCAUUGAUGACCUGGCAGACCUCAGCUGUUUGGUGUACCGUGCAGACACGCAGACCUAUCAGCCCAACAACAAAGACUGGAUUAAGGAGAAGAUUUAUGUCUUGUUGCGUCGACAAGCUCAGCAGGCCGGGAAAUAAACUUGGCAGUGCAGCUAAGUUUCACAUUUCAGCCGUUUGGUAGAGGAAGAAUUCUAGAGCAGUGUAAAGGGGGGAAAUUUCUGCAGGGAAUAUGAAAGAAAACAGACCAGAGAUUUAGAUCGAGGAUUGUUAAUGACAGUCUUGCAGUCCUGCAUGACCAUUAUAAUGUACACAACAAAGCCGUGAAAGUGACC